UGCCGACACGCCCCCUUUCCAACUGGCUGUGAAGAGGGCCGUUCGCAGCCGAGAGCGAACAAGGAAGACAAGGUUGUCCUACCAAACCCUGAAGCACCGUUUUCUGUGUGUAAAGAGAAUCUUAAAUAAGGAGAGUCAAAAUGGUCCACAGCAAGCAAAUUAGAGUUUUGGUCCUGAACGACAUGGAGAAACUCGACAAGAGUCUGUUUCGUCUGGGUCAAGGCUUUGAGCUCCAGUUCCGCCUGGGGCCCACGCUACAGGGGAAGUUUGUGAACGUCUACACAAACUACCCCGUCAAAGGGGAGAAGUUCGACCGGCACAAGUUCCAUGCCCUCCAGUGGAUCAACCCCACCGAGAAGGAGGAUGACUCAGACAAGUACUGCACAGUGGACCUGCAGAUCGCGGGGUCCUACCAGUAUCAUUUCGGCCACGGGAAGGAGGAGAGGAGUGGGGGGGGCUACAUUGUGGUGGAUCCGGUGCUGCGCGUCGGGGCCGACGACCAUGUCCUGCCGCUCGACUGCAUCACCAUCCAGACCUACCUGGCCAAGUGCCUUGGGCCCCUGGACGAGUGGCCAGACCGGCUCCGGGUUUCCAUGGAGACGGGCUACAACAUGAUUCACUUCACACCACUGCAACAGCUUGGCCAGUCGCGCUCCUGCUAUUCCCUGGCUGACCAGCUAGAGCUGAACCCUGACUUCUCUCCGGCGGGGAAGAGGUACACCUGGUCGGACGUGGGGAACUUGGUGGAGCUGGUCAGGACAGAGUGGAACAUGGUCUGCAUCACUGACGUGGUUUACAAUCACACAGCUGCGAACAGUCGGUGGCUCAGGCAGCACCCAGAGUGUGGGUAUAACCUGGUGAACUCCCCACACCUGAAGCCAGCCUGGGUGCUGGACAGGGCCGUCUGGCACCUCUCCUGCGACAUCGCCGACGGGAAGUACGAGGACCGGAACCUCCCUGCCCUCAUCCAGAACGACGGGCACCUCAACACAAUCCGCAGCAUCCUCGCGGAGGAUGUCUUUGCCAGGAUUAAGCUUUGGGAGUUCUUCCAAGUCAGUGUGAACAGGACCGUGGAGCAGUUCCGGAAGCUUCUUCAGAACGUUCUGUUCCUUUCACCAGGCAGCAGAGCGCCGAGGAGGAGGCCAAACGGCCCGCCGGAGCUGAGCAUCAUCCAGGACCCCCAGUACAGGCGCUUCGGCAACGCGGUGGACCUGAACGCGGCGCUGGACAUCUUCCAUCCGAGCAGCGACAGCGCUGCAGCCAUGGAGGAGAGCUGCAGCGACUUCAAAAAGAAGCUGGAGGACCUGAACGCGGAGCAGCUGCAGGAGAUGCAGCACCACCAGGAGCAGGCCAUCAACUGCAUUCUGGGAAAUGUGGUCUACGAACGACUUGCUGACAAUGGAUCCAAGCUGGGCCCCAUCACCAGGGAAAAUCCUUUGGUAACAAGGUAUUUCACCUUCCCCUUUGAUGAGAUGAGUCUGGACCAUGAAAUGCGGCUGCUUCAUCUCCCUGACCAAGCGUGCCACUUCAUGGCCCACAAUGGCUGGGUGAUGGCAGACGAUCCCCUGAGGAACUUCGCAGAGCCAGGUUCAAACGUCUACCUCAGAAGGGAGCUGAUUUGCUGGGGGGACAGCGUCAAGCUCCGGUACGGGGAAAAGCCAGAGGACUGCCCUUACCUGUGGGCCCACAUGAAGAAGUACACCGAGAUCACCGCCAAGCACUUCAGUGGAUUGCGCCUGGACAACUGCCACUCCACCCCCCUCCACGUGGCUGAGUAUAUGUUGGAUGCAGCCCGCGCUCUGAGGCCAGACCUGUACGUGGUGGCCGAGCUGUUCACGGGCAGCGAGGAGCUGGACAAUGUCUUUGUGAACAGGCUUGGAAUAAGCUCCCUGAUCAGAGAGGCGAUGAGCGCUGGCGACAGCCACGAGGAGGGCAGGCUGGUUUACCGUUUCGGGGGCGAGCCCGUGGGAGCCUUCGUCCAGCCCAACCUCCGCCCCCUGGUGCCCGGCAUCGCCCACGCCAUGUUCCUGGACGUCACCCAUGAUAACGAGUGCCCUAUCCAGCAUCGCUCCCCAUACGACGCCCUCCCCAGUGCUGCGAUCGUCUCCAUGGCCUGCUGUGCCACCGGCAGCACUAGAGGCUACGACGAGCUCGUGCCCCACCAGAUUUCGGUGGUGAAGGAGGAGCGCCUGUACCCCAUGUGGAACACUGAUGCGGACCCCUUGUCGACAGGGGAGGUGAACAUGAGGACCGGAAUCAUUGCCGGGAAGCUGGCCCUCAACCGGCUGCACCAGGAGCUGGCCGCCAAGGGCUUCAUCCAGGUGUACGUGGACCAGGUGGACGAGGACAUUGUGGCGGUCACCAGGCAUUGUCCCAGCACCCACCAGUCAGUGGUGACUGUGGCCCGCACCGCCUUCCGGGACCCCAAAACCCACCACUACAGUGACGAGGUGCCCCCCAUGUUCAUACCUGGUAAAAUUGAGGAGGUGGUGCUGGAGGCCCGGACGGUUGAGAGGGACACUGGACCCUACAUGAAAGAUGAGUUGCACAUCAACGGCCUUCCGGAGUACACAGUCGAGAUCGAAGAGCACAUCCAGCUGCAGGAGAGUGGCAUUGUGAAGGAGGCGGAGGAGACGUCGAAGGGGCCCAACGAGUUUGUGCAGAAGAUCAUGUUCGAGCGCCUGACCCCCGGGAGUGUGAUCGCCUUCAGGGUGAGUUUGGACCCAAAAGCCCAGGAGCUGGUGGGUGCACUUCGGAACCACCUGAUCCAGUUCAGCCCUCAUUACAAAUCCGGCAGCCAGCCCGACACUGACGCACCGGCUAUUCUCAAAAAGCCAUUGACAUCCAUCAUGUCCCGACUGACCCUGGCCGAUAUGAAUGUGCUGAUGUUCCGCUGCGACCCUGAGGAGCAGGAGGACGGUGGUGGGUGCUAUGACAUUCCCUCCUGGGAAGCGCUGAAGUACGGUGGCCUCCAAGGUUUCAUGUCAGUGAUGGCCAAUAUUCGUCCCAAAAAUGAUUUGGGGCACCCCUUCUGCAACAACCUGAGACAAGGGGACUGGAUGAUCGACUACGUCAGCGACCGCCUGGUGGCAUGCGGGGGUGCCCUAGGAGAGGUGGGGGAGUGGUUCCGGGCCAUGUUUUCUUACCUGAAGCACAUCCCGCGGUAUCUGAUCCCCUGCUAUUUUGACGCCAUCCUCGUAGGAGCCUACACCACCGCUCUGGAUGCCACUUUCAAGGAAAUGUCCAGUUUUGUCCAGAACGGAUCCACCUUUGUGAAGCUUCUAGCCCUGGGUUCGGUGCAGAUGUGCGGGGUGGGCCACCGCCCUGCCCUGCCACCUCUGUCACCCGCCCUCGAUGAUGUGCCAUACCGCGUCAAUGACAUCACCGGGGAAAAGGAGCAGUGCUGCAUCUCCCUGGCUGCAGGGCUGCCCCACUUCUCCUCCGGAAUCUUCCGCUGCUGGGGGCGGGACACCUUCAUCGCCCUGCGCGGCCUCCUGCUCGUCACCGGACGCCACCUGGAGGCCAGGAACAUCAUCCUGGCAUUCGCGGGGACGCUGCGGCACGGCCUGAUCCCCAACCUGCUGGGGGAGGGCGUCGGCGCCAGGUACAACUGCCGUGACGCCGUGUGGUGGUGGCUGCAGUGCAUCCAGGACUACUGCAACAUGGUUCCCAACGGCACCGACAUCCUCCAGUGCCCUGUGUCUCGCAUGUACCCCACCGAUGACGCCGAGCCUCAGGCCUCCGGAGUCACGGACCAGCCCCUUUAUGAUGUCAUCCAGGAAGCCAUGCAGCGUCACAUGCAGGGGAUUGAGUUCAGAGAGCGGAAUGCUGGGCCGGAGCUUGACCGCAAUAUGAAGGACGAGGGUUUCAAUGUGGUGGCCAAGGUUGACCCGCACACUGGCUUUGUGUACGGAGGCAACCAGUUCAAUUGCGGGACAUGGAUGGACAAGAUGGGGGAGAGCGAGAAGGCCGGCAACAAGGGGGUGCCAGCCACACCAAGGGACGGGUCAGCGGUGGAGAUUGUGGGUCUCUGCAAGUCGGCAGUGCGCUGGCUGAUGGAGCUCUAUGAGGAGGGGCUCUUCCCCUACUCUGAAGUCACCGUCCUCAGAGAUGGGGAAGAGUACUUGGUCUCCUAUGACGACUGGAACAUCCAAAUCCAGGACAAUUUCGAAGAGAUGUUCUACGUGUCGCACGACCCCAGCGACCCCAACGAGAAGCACCCGGAGCUGGUACACAAGCGGGGGAUCUACAAAGACAGCUUUGGGGCAUCCAGCCCCUGGUGUGACUACCAGCUUCGGCCCAACUUCGCCAUUGCCAUGGUGGUGGCCCCUGAGAUGUUUACUAUAGAGCGGGCAUGGGAGGCCCUGGAGAUCACAGAGAAGAAGCUUCUGGGACCCCUGGGAAUGAAGACCUUGGAUCCAGAUGACAUGGUAUAUUGUGGUGUCUAUGACAACGCUCUGGAUAACGACAACAACAACACAGCAAAAGGCUUCAACUACCACCAAGGACCUGAAUGGCUUUGGCCGCUCGGCUACUUCCUUCGCGCUAAGAUCCAUUUCGCCAAGUUGCUGGGGAGGGACACAUAUGAGAGCACAGUUUACCUGGUGAAGAAUGUUCUGUCUCAGCAUUACGUCCACCUGGAGAGGUCCUCCUGGAAGGGUCUCCCGGAACUGACCAAUGAGAAUGGACAGCACUGUCCUUACAGCUGCGAGUCACAAGCCUGGUCCAUUGCCACUGUCUUGGAGGUCUUACAUGACCUGUAAAGCAUUACUUCCUGUGGGUGGAGACUCACCCCCACAAGUCUACCAGCAGCACAGUUUUAACCUCACAUGUAUUAUUACUUGUUUAGGUUUCUCACGCCUCUUUAUGCAUGUUGUAUUGUAACAGUAAAUUCUAGUAUUUGUUAUUUAGAGAGAGGAUUCUGGGAAAUGUAGUUUACACUAAUUGAGCUCUGGCCUCUAACUAAUGUCAAUGUUGUUUAAGUACUAGAUGUGCUGUCAGUGGGAACAGAUAGCAGUUAUACAUGUCAGUGGAAGAACAACCUUUAUCACCAGCUUCUGUUCAGGUCCUGUACACUGCAAAUCCUCACAAUACAGUGUCAUCCUUUUCUGUUACAUGGUCACAGGUUGCCUGCUUUUCAUAACGUUAAGACCUCACAAAAGGUUUACAAUAAAAAAUAGCUCACAGACCUUUAUCAGUUUCAAUUUUGUUUUUUUUUUUUUCAGGGAAAAAGGUCAAGUUAAAAAGGGCAUUUUUGACUAUCCUGUUUUUAUUUCUAACAGCACUGUGGUAAUGAAAAAAUGGUGGUCUGAUUUUAAGGUUUUGAAGGAAAGUUAUCUGUAUCUGUCAUGUUUCCUCUAGGGAAAAAAGAAGAUUGUAUUUGCUUCUGGAUUGUGGCAGUUUGCUUUUAUUAGUUUCUGAAGCAGUGCCCUCUGUUGGGUGCUGUUUCGUCAGGGGGAGGCAGCUCUGUUUCUGCUUUGCCAGAGCAGUGCAGAUUUUCUAGGUCUUCCUCAAUGGUGAAGACCGCCAGCACAUGGUCCCCUGCGGCCAAUUUGGCUCAUUAUUGGUCCAUUUAAGUAAUUAAGCAUUUGGAUGAAACUCAAAGCAGCUGUGUCUUGAGCAUUCCGGGACCAGAGAUUGCCACCCCUGGACUAUUACUGACCCAUGACUGUUUUAUAAUUACAUAAUAUUUAGUAAUAUCAGUGGUUAAUUUAUAGAAGCAUUUAAUCGCUUGAAUUUGACAAAAGCAAUGGUGAAUUCACAGCAGCAUUUAAUCGCUUGAGUUUAGCAAUAGCAGUGAUGAAUUCAUAGCAUUGUAUAAUUGCUUGAAUUGUUUACUUUUACUUCCUUGUGUGGUCUUGCUAACAGCCUAAAUGAGCCUUGCAUUUUCUCCUCUGUGUAUUUGUAACUCAACAGAAUUGCUAUUUGUUAAUCUGCUGUCACUAAUGUGCAUGAUUUAAAUGGUCCUCUGAAGCAAUGGCCUGUUUCCUGUUUGAUACGAAUGUUGGCAUUAGAGUGGGUCAGUGGCGGCUGGUGAGCUGGAAACAGGGGAGGCUG